AUGUUCAGAUAUUAUUCUAUAUUUCUCAUUGGAAUUUUUAUCGAUGCUGCUCCAAGUGAAAAACGAGAAAGUGCAAUUGUGCCAAUUUUUGGAAGUUUGUUGAGUUCUGCUUUUUCGAAAAAAAAUUUAAAUUGUUUUAGAUUAUAUGACAAUUGAGCCCAUAACUUUUACAUUUACGACUCCGAUUGCACGAACAUUCCCAACACUAGUUCCAUCAAAACCGAAAUUUGUAUAUGAGGUUCAAACUCCAAUUGUAUCGGCACAAAAUUAUAAAUUUGUGAGUUUGGAAAAAACUUAGGUUCGAAAGAAUCAUGGAAAGUCCUCAACAGUUUUUCACUGUAAACUCUAUUAAAAAGUUGCACAUUUCGAAGUUUGAAGCUGAAAGUUUAUUUACUUUUUUUCGUCGAUCCGAAAUUUCCUGAUUGUGUAUUUUUUAACUUUUUUAACAACCAUAACUUCGGAAAAUUGAAUUUUUGAGAAUUUCAGAAAAUGCUCCAAAUUGGUAAUCAAAAUUAUUUCUUGAAAAGGUUACGGUAAUCUGAAAAAAAUUGAACAAAACAACUGAAUUUUAGAAACUUCAAAAGUAGUAAACGUAUAUCUUUUUCAGAAUAACAUGAAAUCUUCAAUGCAACAAGAUGCUUAUGCAACCUAUAGAUCACUUUGGAAAAACUUCAAAGAUACUUGGAACCAAAUGCAAAAUGAUAUCUAUAGUUCUCCUCGAAUUCACCAAGAUUGGCGUCAAUUUUGGCGCGAUUUUUCGCAAACCAUCGAACCUUAUGUAAAACCGAUUUCAGGACAAUUAACCAGUAUUUUUAAUGUAUUUUUAAAACAUCAACAAGAAAAAGAAUAA